AGAACUAAGCUCUGAAAACCUCCGAAUUUGCUUUAAGAUCAUAAACGCUUACAUUUUCUUCAUGUCCACGGAGUUCCUGCAGAUGUAUGCAGCUGGUCUCUGCCAAUCUUUUCUAGAGAUUUUGAAGGACAUAACUGUUGAAGGCCAAGUUCAAGUACUGAAGGUGGUUGAGAAUGUCCUACUGGUGAACCCUGACACUGGCCCACAAAUGUUUCAUGCCCUUUUGCCUCCAGUCUUUAGGGGUAUUCUUGAAGGAGAGAGAUAUCCAGUUGUUAUGUCGACAUAUCUUGGAGUUCUUGGUCGUGUCCUUCUACAAAACAAAAUCUGCUUUUUUUCUCUGUUAAAUCAAAUGUCACAGGAAUGCAACCAGGAGGCUAACCUAGUACUUGGGAAUGCAAUUGAAAUGUGGGUGGAUCGUAUGGAUAACAUUACACAGCCUGAGAGAAGAAAACUUUCUGCCCUUGCUGUUAUUUCACUGCUGCCUUCAGCUGACAGUGUUAUUCAAGAUAAAUUCUGUGCAAUCAUUAACAUUUGUGUGGAAAGUCUACACGAUGUGAUGACAGAGGAUCCAGAGACAAAUACCUUCAAAGAGAAGGAAUGGUGA